UGAGAAGCAGACACGGCCUGGAUUCAGCAGCGACAGAGGUCGACAACACUGGUACACAUAUAAGCGACGAAAUAUCCUCAUCGUUGGUGAGGUCUCAAUCGAGACCGUUGUUAUCACGGUCACCGUACCGCCCGACCUGAUCUGGUGAUAUCUCAGCGGCGAUCAUGGGUCGGAGAAAGAUUGAGAUCAAGGCGAUCAAAGAUGAUCGCAAUCGCUCAGUCACUUUCUUGAAACGAAAAGGCGGUCUCUUCAAAAAGGCACAUGAACUGUCCGUCCUCUGUUCCGUCGAUGUCGCCGUCAUCAUCUUCGGUCACAACAAGAAACUAUACGAGUUUUCUUCCGGUGAUAUCCGCGAAACGCUAGGGAAAUACCAAUACUACCAUCCCCAUGAGCACAAAGGACCAGCAGACUUCGCGGGGAAGCGCGAUGCGGACGACGACGACGAGGAUGACUCCCCAGGCCCAGAAGAACCGCCUCAGCAGGGCCAUCCUAUGGUGCCUCCGCAUCUCCAGAACCAACCUGGCUUCCAGCACAUCAACCAUGCGCCAUCUGCUUCCCCGCCCAUCCCCAACGGAGUUCCCUUUGUUCCCCGCCAUGGAACUCCUCAGCCGCAGGGACUGUCUCGACCGUCGUCAAGAACGCAUAUGCGUCGAGUGAGCUCGAAUCUAGUGCCGCAACAGCAUGCGCAUGCUACUCCGCCUCCGCAGAACGGUUUUGCCUAUAUGCCUAACCCCUCCAUAUAUAAUCCGAACGCGCCUCCCCCUAUGCACCAGCAGCCGCCCAGGCCUGGUCAGUUCCCGCAAUACGGCCAUCCGGGUCCUAUCCCUCAGCAUCAGCCUCCUCAUCCGCAUCCUCAGCACCCGCAGAUGCAGCAUAUCCCACAACAUCCACCCGCCCACGGGCUUCCGCAGCAACAUCCACAACAUGGUCUGCCGCCGCACCAGCAGUCCCAUCCGGGUCUCCCGCAACAGUCACCGCCGCUGUCGCAACAGCGACAGCACCCACAGCUACCGCCGCAAGUCACACAGGCCUACAUCCCAGACCAGGGACGGCAUUCCAUGCCCGCGACGUUCCCCCCAGAGCACCAGCACCAACCGCAGCCGCAGCCGCGUCCAAUGCCCGUGCCAGAACCGUCAGCUCAGCAGAUGUCGAUGCCUCCCAAGUCUGAGGGCAGUCUGUCCCCUCCAGAAUCGAAGCAGCAGCAGCAGCAGCAGCAGCCGCCACCGGUCAAAUCACGCAGCAUCUUCACCCCAAUCGACGAUCGUGGUUCGGUUCUGGCUCGUCAUUUUGGGGUGGGUCCUCCCACGAGUGAAUCUCCGCGGAAUGAUGCACAAUCCAGGCCAGACCAAGAGAAUACCAAUACACCGACUGUCACCACUGGACCGCCUUCUGCUCCUCUGCCUCCUGCACGAUCUGCGACAGAUCCGCAGCGCACACGAUCAAUGCCGUCGAUUCCCGAGGUCAAGCCACCGUUGAAAAGCAACAGCCUUCAACUCAAUGCCAAACGACCGCGUCUGAAGGUGCAGAUUCCGAGCGAGAACUCGGAUGGCGGAAGUGCAACGGCAGAUUCGUCUCCCCGUGGCUCAGCAAACAAGACAGCAACUCCCGCCAAGGCAGCUGACGGGAGUCAUUCGGGAGUUGUAUUGCCUCCUCCCUCGCCCUCUGCGGGCGCCCUUCUCAGUGCUGGCGCACAAGGUCCUCCGAACCCUUUCGCGCGACCUCCUCCACCUGGAGCUGCAUCCCAGAACGGCACUGCGUAUAAUAACAACAACAAUAUCGAAACCCCGAUUUCGGCGCUCCCUAGCCGUUUCGUUUCUGACGCUCUUCUUCCAUCCCCCUCGAGCUUCUUCCCGGAGUGGGGUUUUGGUCGGUCUGGGCCCGACAGUAAUAUGUUGCCCAGCCCGCUUACGUUCCCGACUCCAUCGGUUCAGAACGGUCCUGGAUUCGCGCGGGAAGACGAAGUGGACAAGAAGCGCAAGAGCCCCGAGAGCGGUCCUGGCAGCGACGCGGGCAGCAAGAGGGUGAAGACCUGAUAGGCCACACCUUAUAUUCGGCUUUAUGAUUGAACAUUCAUUUUCUAAUUGCUGUCUUGAUGAUCUCAUGGGCUGGCUGCAUUUUCCGGCGUUGUGAAAUAUGAACGUUCUCUUUUGGUCCAAGUCCCGUCCUUGGAGGCUGGCUUUUGC